UAUACAAUAAAGUGUGCGGCCUUCUACUACUAUUUGGCUAUUAUGGGAUUCUUGUUGCAUUCGUGGCCCUCAUAUUAGGUGUAUGCCUAUCCAUUCUCCCAUCUAUGAGUAACUUUGAAGUCCAUGAACGUAUAUUGUGCAUGCUACCCAUGCAUUGGCAUGUUUCUAGUGGAAAAGCGAUCGCGCGAAGAUAGCCACAGCCACUCAGCCAGCCAGGCUACAGUGUAGUUGUGCUCACUCGUGCAACCUAUGUGCUGGUAGGAGUAUCUCUUAUCAGGUCGGUACAGGUAGCCGGUAGCCUGGAAUUUGUAGGGGCGUUGUCUUGUCGCUGGACACCGUUCGUUCCGGCAAAAAUCACACGAGAUAAAUCUUGUAGCGUACUGACCUUGUGAACAGUAUUUUUGUCGUGUAAGAGGGGGCCGGGAGGAAACCAUGUGACAUGUUAAAAGGCGUUUGCUUGUUUUUGCUGUGGGUUAAUUCGCCUUUUUCACCUGUGGGCCGGGAGUAUGCUGGAUGUAGAUGGAUUUUUUUCUGGGGUUGCUUAGAAUGGUACUAACUAUGAUUUGUUUUCAACAAUUCAUACAGAAGUAUAGGUUUUACUGUUGUCUCUGGCUGCAGCCCGUGAUAUUCCUUGUGCUAGGAAACAAAGCAGCAAAGACAAUUUCAUGGUCGUUCUCUUAUCCCUGACGAAAGAAAGGGGAGAUUAUACGAUCAAGUGAUGACGGAAUCGGGGCAUUACAAAAUUGCUGCGGAUAUGAUGAAGUGACGACGACAGCAUUUGGAUGUUCUGUUCUGUCCACACAAAAACGCAAAUGUGCAGAUCAUUUCAACAGAAGAAUUUUACCUUUCGAUUCCAAAUUUCUCAGCUAUUUCACGCAUGCCCUAGCAGUAAGUAGAGAGUACUACGUAUAAUGGGAGUUCACAAGAAUCGUCGCAUACACGAGCAGCAACAAAGCCAACAAAAUUAACAAGUUCAGAUGCACUCCGCCGGCGGUACGGUGGGGCCCACAUGGGUAGUAGAGUCACCUCCCGGUGGGUCCCGCUUGACCUGACCUCACCCCUCCCCCGGGAGAACGGACGGAGAAUUAAUUAGCCUCCCACAACUCCUUAAUUCCAUCUCCUCUCCCCUGCUGAUGUGUUGUGUCAUCGUGUGCUUACGAGAAAGAAAUACACCUUGGAGAAGAAACAAAAGGCCCGCCCCGACCCGACGAGGCGACGAAGAAGACGAAGCGCCAAAAAAAGCGUAAAAGGCAGCGCAGAGAGCUCUUCUCUUAGCCAUCUGAAUUGGAAGCUGCACUGCGCAGUGGCACAGCGGCGCGCACCGGCAGCUGCAACGAGAAAAAGCUGCCAUUGUUGCUGCAAGGAGGAGAGGUGGAGGGCAAUGCCCCUGUCGAGGCACGAGGUCGGCAACGAGUACUCGCUCGGCGGCCGCGAGCUCUACCGCCGGGCCAACCAGCACGACCCGGAGGCCGUCCUCGAUGGCGUCGCCAUGGCCGGCCUCGUCGGCGUCCUCCGCCAGCUCGGCGACCUCGCAGAAUUUGCUGCACAGGUGUUCCAUGGUCUGUACGAUGAGGUGAUGACAGCAUCUGCACGAGGGCAUGGGCUCAUGCUCCGGGUGCAGCAGCUGGAGGCAGAGUUGCCACUCGUGGAGAAAGACUCUUGUCAUACAGACUACCUGUAUGUUGCUUCUAACAGGGGAAUCGAGUGGCAUUCGAAUCCGAGGUUGGAAAGUGGGGUUGUGACAAAAGGCGACACGCCUCGCUUCAUCAUGGACUCCAUCAAGAAGUGUCAUGGGCCUCCCAAAUUGUUCAUGCUUGACAAGUAUGACAUUGGUGGUGAGGGAGCUUGCUUGAAGAGAUACACAGACCCGUCCUUCUUCAAGACAGAUUCUGCAUGUUCUAGCAUGCUAGAGCAAGGAAUUCAAAGAGAAAGAAGACCUCUUAGAGCUAUGGAGAUCAGGCCGACCUUGCAAAAUUCUGAGAUUUUCAGACCACCUAAUGCAGCCAACAAUGACUCCAAAUUGGAGACAGAUUUGUCUGGUGAAGCUUUGGAUGAAGUCCCAACAAGGCGCCGGCAACUGAAGUACCGACAACUAAAUGGAUCUGUGUUCCGAAGCUUCAGGCCACAGAUGCAGAAUCUUUACGGAGAAACUUCACCAGAUGAGAAGCCCUGCUCCAUGAACCAUUCAGAAGUGCAGAUAUCUUUCACUGACUCACCUGACACAAACACUGAAGAGAGGGACAUCAUGGUAGACACAUUCAGCAGCAUGGACAAAGGCAAGGAAAACAACUACGUGAUGGCUGGCAAGAACAGAUUGUUAUCAGAAGAAGCACUAUCGCGUUCUUCGGAUGCUCGGUCUGCAGGAAGCAGCAAGGGAUACAACUCUGAAGUUGACAUCUACGUGGACGCUCUCACCACAAUGGAUUCUGAGGUUGAGACAGACACAGAGCACAGAGAUCAUGGACACCGUGCCUUGGUACCGGUGGAGUCCAGCAAACCGUGCUCUGAUGUUCACGGUGCCGCGGUUUCAGGGUCUAUUAGCUUCAGGAACAAUGGCUCAAUGGUGCCUAACUCUUCAGAUGUUGUCCCAGCAGAGGAAGAAAAUAAUGAUCACCAUCAAGGGUAUGUCUGUGUCCCUUCACCACAGGCCAAACCUGUUGCUGGUGAACAUGAGAGGAGCAGCUCGUUGGAGGAAUUGUUUGCACAAGAAAAACCGGUGUCAUGCGAGCAUGAGAGGACCAGUUCUUUGGAGGAAUUGCUCCUUGGAGAUGUCCAUCCUUCUGGGCAUAACAUGAGAUCAUCAGCUACUGAAUCAAAUACAAAUGGUGUUGUCAGUACUGUUGAAUCAAAUGGUACAGUUGGCACUACAAAGAAAGAAAAGGAUAACCCCAUCAUUGCAGGCAUUUCCUUCAAGAAGACAGCGAGCAAGAAAUCAAAGUAUGUGGGCAGCAUGGAGCUUAUUGUUUCAAAAGUGGGCAUUUUGCCGAGAAAACUCUCCAAAAAGCAUGAUCCGUUCUCUGAUUCCCUCAGAAACAUGGCCAAGCAGUUGCUUGAGCUGAAGAUUGAUGGCACCAAAGACACUGAGUUAUAUGAAUUUGAAGCAAAUGGUGAGGGAUGUGAUAUGAAGUGUCUGGAAAUGUCUCACCCUCCUAUUGAAAUUAUGGGGAGUGCCACGCAAAGCGUUCCUCCUGAUUCACCUCAAGACAACGUUGAUUCAAGAGCAUGUCGACCAGAAGAAGUGAACCAAGAGUAUGACCAUGAUGUUCCACCAAGUGAUAGUCCCCAAGAUUCAGUUGAUGGAAAUGUAUUUCGGGACAUUGCAUUGUUACGUUCUCAAGAGGAACAACAAUGUGCAGGUCCUGUAACUGUUGACAAUUUGUUGGAUCAUGCACCCGAAAAUACUCAAGAUCAGAUUGGGGAACAUUUUUAUAGGGAAGUGACUGAAGAUAUUCAUACUGAAGUUGUCCCUGAAAAUGGCCCUGAUAUAGGCGAAGAAUUAGAAGAAGGCAGUAUUACUGAAGAGAAGGUGAACGAGGAAGAUGUCGAGGAAAGCAAUGAGUCCGAUGCAUACACAUUGGAUGAAAACACCGAGUACAUAGAAGAGCAAGUGGUUUCAGAUGAUUUGAUCUCCUCACCGAUCUCAUCCAAGCAAUCUGAUGAUCCUUGUCAGAUGGCACCACUCACUCUUACAGAUGCAGAUGAUGCCUUGGCAGGUAAAAAUGUAGACAAUGACAUCUCUGAAAUGCAUAUCACAUUGUCAGGAACAAUAACAGAAUCCAAUGUAUCUACAGUGGUUGUUGAAUCAGCAACAACCAAUGAUGUGGCCGUCCAAUAUAAUGAACAAUGCUGUUUACAUCCAGAAACCAGUUUUGCACAAGAUUUAACUCAUGUCAGCAGCUGUGAAGUUGAAGGACAAAAUGAGCCAUUACCACUGUGCAGCUCAUCCAUGGUGGGUACAACUCCAGAUCUGUCUGUAGACACUGAAGAAAUACAUGAAAACCCCAUUUUGUGCAUUGACAGCAGUUCUGAUUUGUUCAGAGAUGCACUAGCUCCAGACUCUAGAGAUGUGCCAUUACCAAACAUCUCAAGUUUUGAUUGGAUGCUUAAUGGUGCAAUGCAGAAGUCGUUGAAUGUACUUCCUGCUAAACCACCUAAUGGAAUUUUACAGGAAAAUAAUUCUUCCAAAGAUACUGAAGAUGCACCACCGCCACUACCACCUCUCCCGCCAAUGCAAUGGAGAACAACAAAACUUCAGCCAGGGCCUGCAGUUUUAUCUGCAAAAUUUGGGAGACCACCAAGACCAAAACCUCCAGUUAAGUACCAGGAAAAUGAGAGUUACUCCUCACAGGAUGAAAGAAAUAGAGAGCCUGAAAUUCUUCAGGAAGCAAGUCUGCAGAAUGGCUCGACUUCGGUCACUCCAGAGAAGGAAAUGGUAGUGGCAAAAGUUUCUAAUGAGAUCCAGACAAAUAUAAUGUUUGGUAGGGAUUCUCAAGAAAGCCACCUCAAAGGACUCAAUGAGUAUGAUGUGCAAGCUUCUGAUUCAUUCUCCACAUCAGAAUUCAAGAGCGUGGGAGGUGUUGCUUCAGUAGAAGGCGACAAUCUUGAAACUUCACAGUUAUCUGAGCUUAUAGUAAUUCCAGAGGAGGCAUGGUCUGAGCUUGUAGAUAUAAAAUCAAUAUCUGGACAGGAGAAAGGAGGAAAACGCCAGCUUAGCACUGGAGUUUUCAAUUGCAAUGGCAUGCAUACUACUGGUCUGUCAGCAGAAAAGAGGGAUGACUACAAAAUAUAUGAUCAAAAUGAAAAGAAUUUAUUAGCUGGAAAGGGAAAUGCAAUAGCAGAUUCAGAAGAAAAGGAACCAAAUGGAGUUACUUGUCAGGAUGAUACGAAGAAUUCUGACUUGUUGGUGCAACAGGAAGAUGGACAACAUGAUAGUUCUGCUGGCACGGCAAGGGAAUCGUCUUCUUCAUUUGAAGAGGAAGUAGCAAAGUUUUCACCACCGAGAGUGCCAACACCACCUAAAUAUCCUCUAUUCCAAGUUACUGCUCAUGAUAGAAGCAUGCUAAAAAGGGCUCCAACUUUGGUUCAGCCUUCUAUCAAGCUUUCAGACGAGAACAACACAAUACUGGAACAGAUAAAGAAUAAGUCUUUCAACUUGAAGCCAGUUCUUGCAAAGAGACCGAACAUGAUGGGUGCUCCAAGAACGAACUUGCAAGUGGUGGCCAUCCUGGAGAGGGCUAAUGCUAUUCGCCAGGCUGUUGCUGAUGACGAUGAUGAGGAUAGCUGGAGUGACUAGCUGAUUCCUCAGAGCAUGCAAUUUGGCGCCUGAUGUUUCUUCACAUUCACAUUUCACAAGGUCUGUGGUGAUCAUGCCAUCAUGGACUUGCGUUUCCUGUUCUUGCAUAAGUAGAGCUAGCAAACUGUGAAAUGAACUACAGGGUAUCAUCUGAUAAAGAAGCUUAAUGUCUCAUAUGAAGUUCAUGCCAUGAAGAUGCAACAUGUAAACGGUAUAUCAAUUUUUUCCCGCUUUUCCGGCACGUGAUGUGUUUACGCCCCGUUUGGAACAGGAAUUUCAUAGGGAUUUCACGUCGAACAAUUCAAAUUCCGUUGAAAUCCAGAGAAAUUCCCUCCUUCCAAACAUGGCCUUUGUUGUCUUUGUCGAUGGGCCUCCUGUAACUUGAUGCACGGUGAGGAUUGUAUAUGCCUGAUAGGACUAGUUAGUGUGUUUUCUUUUUGAUGAAAAAAUGAAUCUUGAGGGUAUAUAAUAAUACAUAAUGCAUAUAUGCCAA